AUGCAAAAUUUGAAUCUUGUGCAGUUACAAGUUUGUCAGCAAGAUAUCCUUAAGGCUGAUAUUGCUGUGAAAAACCAUAUCGAAGGGAUUAGGCAGCAAAAAUUCAUGUCGCAGAAAGAAAUAGCCCAGUGUACUCGAGACAUUAAAGAUGAAAUAGCCAAACUUGGUCAUUUAAUUGAUACCUUAGAGAAAUUCGCAAACAAGAUAACUUUUCGAAAUGAUCGUGUCGAGCUACUGGCUCAAGUGAAAGAACAUCGGAAUGAGUUAGAAAAGAAUCGCCAAAUGCUUCGCCAAGCAAUUUUGAAGUUUGUAAAAGUCAUGGAAGAACAGUCGCUCAGCUAUUUAUUGCAAGGUGGUGAUGAUUCUCAAGAUAUUGAAUUUAGAAACCGUAGAAGACGUGGUGAAAACUUGAAAACACAGACUUUGAAAGCAACGGAAAAUCUCGCAUCAUUGGUCACAAAAAUGAGUGAUCAGUUGAAAUUGUCUGAAGACACAACCUCAACACUCAUUCAUUCCUCAUUUCUUCUUAAAGAUACAGAAUCUGAAUAUUCGUCAAUGGGCGCUCACAUACAAAGCGGUGGGAAGCUGAUAUCGAAGUAUGGCCGGCGAGAAUGUACAGAUAAAAUUCUACUAACUUUUGCCUUACUGUUAUAUGUUGUUGUUAUAUUCAAACUAAUGAAUGGAAAACCCGCGAAAACAUUGGAAACGGCGCGAGUAGAGCUUAUCGAAUCGUUGCGUAAGAAUAGGGCAGAAGAUGCGAAGCGACUACUACAGAAAUUUGAUACCUUAAGGUCUGGAAAAGAUGAUUCUGGUCGGACAGCAGUGCAUUGGGCAGCGAGUGGUGGUUGUUUAGAGAUCGUGCAGUUCUGUGUAUCACAACAGGAGAGUGACGCUAUAGCAAUGGACGACAUGGGUUGGACACCGCUGAUGAUCGCAUGUUCGGCUGGACGACUGGAAGUUGUUCGAUAUCUGAUCACUCUUCCUUUGGUGAAUGUUAAUACGCCAAAUAACAACAAACAAACUGCUUUACAUUAUGCUGCAAGUAAAAAUAGGCCGCAGAUUACGACAAUUUUACUGAAAAAUGGUGCAAACGUGAAUGCACAGGACAAUUAUCAAGCAACACCACUACACCGAGCUGCUUCUCAAGGUCACGAAAAGAUUGUACCUAUUUUAUUGAAUGAACCAAGCUUAAGGAUUAAUAUCACCGAUUCUGCUGGUUGUACAGCACUGCAUUUGGCAGUGGAGGAACAACGGGAAGACAUCGCUAUAUUGUUGGCGGAACAUGGUGCUGAUUUGUAUUCCGAAAAUAAGGAAAAACAGACACCUUUAGCCUUGGUGAAAACUAGUGAACUGCAGAUGAAGUUAAAAGCUGCCGCCUACCGAUACUUAUCCAAAACGCGUUAA